GUAGAGCAAUGCUUGAUCUGUUGCUAGUUGAAAAUCAAAUUCCUUUCUUUAUACUUUCAGAGUUGUUUGACAUGACUGUGAUGAGGAAUGAUGAACCAAGGGACUUUGUGGAUAUGGCUAUUGAUUUCUUAUCGAUGGUGGUGACACCGCCAGAAAAUCAAAAUAGUAGACCCAAGAACAUCAAGCAUCUACUGGGCUUACUUCAUGAUUGCUGGACUUUUUCGCCUGAUUGCUGGGAAGUCCAUAUCCCUUACUCACUAGGGGAUCCUGAGUCACUCGAGGAAGUAAGGUCCCUAUCCCCUGAGGCAAAGCUUAAUCUCUGUUCAUCAGGGGUAGUGCGGAGUUCACCACCUGAGCCUUUGGAGGAAUUAAGGUUUCCAUUGCUUAAGGCAGUGGAUAACCCCAAUUCAUCACUAUCUAAGUUAUCAGAAGAAGAUCCAAUUUCAAUGGCAGCAACGUUUGUAAGUUUUUCUGAACCCAAGCCAUCUGUUCAUCUCUGCUAUCUACAGGAAAAGGAUGCCCUAGAAGCAAAACCAUCAACAACUUUUUCCCCACUCAAGUCAUUAGAGGAAGCGGAAGAAGUGCCAAGGAAACCAAAGGGGGCAGCACCAGCACCGUCAACAGCAGCAGAUAGUGAUAACAAGCUUGCUUCAAACCCUAGUUGGAAGGAAUGGCGACUCAUAAGUUCAGCAACACAGCUCAGCGAGGCAGGAAUAGUUUUUAAAAAAAAAAUCGAGGGGAGAUUGUUUGAUAUAGAGUUUGACAAGGGGGUAAUGUCAAUUCCAACUUUAAGAAUCGACGAUAAUACAGAGUCCAUUCUUCGAAAUUUGGUUGCUUAUGAACAGUGCUCCAAGGGCGCAUCUUCAAAACGUUUCACGGAUUAUAUUAUAUUCAUGGAUCGCCUCAUCAACACAUGGAAGGAUGUUGAAUUACUUUCUCGCCAUGGAGUUAUUGAUAACUGGUUAGGUGAUCAUGAAGUGGUCGCAAAAAUAUUUAACAAACUCGGUGACUCUGUGUUGUUCUCCGAAGACUUCUCUUAUUUUGGGACCUUCAAGAAAGUGAAUAAGCAUUGUGACGAAGACUGGAACAAGUGGAAGGCAGAUUUAUUGCGCAAAUACUUUAACAAUCCAUGGGCGGGCAUUUCCUUCUUCGCUGGGAUUUUCUUGCUUCUACUUACUGUGCUUACAAGUGUUAUUUCGGUUCUUUCUUUUCUAUCUAAUUAAGUAUGGAAAAGCUCCUCUCUACAUGGUAGAGGCUGAGGCAGGGGCAUAUUGCAGGUCUCAAAAGUGAAAGUUGUGCUCAAUGCAUCUCUUCAUGUUUAUGUUCGUCAUUCCAGAGUUUGCAAUAAGUGAAGCUAGCUGCUCACACAAAAAUGUUUCCCCGUUUAAAUUGUGAUGUCGUGUCAUGUUAUGUAUUCUACUAAAAAUUUGCGUGGGUU